AAAAUAAUACACGGUUACAUAUAAUUAAUAAAGGAAGAAAAAUUUAACUAAUUUUUUACUUAAAAAAAGAAUGAAAAAUGGGUAUGGGGGAGACAUUUUUGGAUUGAGAAUGAUAUGCAAGAUCCCAUCUUUGUCUUCCAAGCAUAACCUCGAAGCUCCCUGGAAUUUCUCAAAGGUCAAAGCUUUUCUUAGCUGAUCUGCCACAGGGCUUUGCCGGUUGCCGGUCAUCGGUCACAUUCCUGGCGGUGGAGAGUUAAUUGUUUAAUUCUAAAGGUGAGUUUUUUUGAUCGAAUCUGAUUCAACCAACGCAAUUGGAAGCUGUAGAAGAGUUGGGAGUGUAAUGAUUUUGGAAGAAUUGGAAGAAUAGAGAAAGUGGAUGGAAGUACAUUUGUGAAGAAAGGUGUAAGAAGCAGCUGAUCGAUGGAGCUAGACAUGGAUUCUCGAGAAUUUUGUGCAAAUGGGGUAUGCAUGAAAGCAACAGAAGUGGAGGUCAAGCUCGAUGAAGGAAAUAUUCAGGAGGCAGAAUGUUCAUUGCGAGAAGGGUUAUCACUCAAUUUCGAGGAGGCAAGAGCUCUUCUUGGAAAGUUGGAGUACCAAAGAGGUAAUGUGGAAAGUGCUCUUCGCGUGUUCGAUGGUAUCGAUCUCCAAGCUGCUAUACUGCGAUUACAACCUUCUCUUGUUGAAAAACCAUCUUCUAAGAAGGGCCGCUCUCGUCCUGAAUCACAGCACGCAGUCUCACAGCAUGCUGCUAGCCUUGUUCUUGAAGCCAUAUACUUAAAAGCCAAGUCUCAUCAAAAGCUUGGGAGAGUGACUGAGGCUGCUCAAGAAUGCAAGAGUGUGCUUGAUGCGGUAGAAAAGAUAUUUCACCAAGGCAUACCUGAUGUAGAAGUGGAUAAUAAGUUGCAAGAGAUAGUAAGCCACGCAGUAGAGCUUCUUCCUGAGCUUUGGAAGCAGGCUGGUUGCCUUCAAGAAACUAUAGCUGCUUAUAGACGUGCCCUUCUUAGUCCCUGGAACCUUGAGAAUGACUGCUGCACAAGAAUUCAAAAAGCUUUUGCAGUAUUUCUACUGUACAGUGGAGUAGAGGCUGGUCCACCCAGUUUAGGUUUCCAGAUUGACAGCUCUUAUGUACCUAAAAAUAAUUUGGAAGAGGCGAUACUGCUUUUGAUGAUUCUUGUGAAGAAAUAUCACCUUGGUAAGACCAAAUGGGAUCCAUCAGUGAUGGAGCACCUAACAUUUGCAUUAUCUGUAUGCAACCAAACUUCAGUUUUGGCAAAUCAAGUUGAAGAGAUCAUGCCUGGUGUGUAUCAUCGCGUUGACCGUUGGAAUUCUUUAGCUCUUUGCUACAGUGGAGCAGGACAACAGAAUGUUGCUUUGAAUCUAUUAAGGAAGUCGCUACACAAACAUGAACGACCAGAUGACCUCAUGGCUUUGUUAUUGGCCGCCAAGAUCUGCAGUGCGGAUUCUUAUCUUGCUGCUGAGGGAAUGGGCUAUGCACAGAGAGCAAUCAGCAUUGCGCAACAAGAGGCCGGGCACUUGAAGGGUGUUGGUCUUCACAUGUUGGGUCUUUGUCUGGGGAAGCAUGCUAAAGUUUGCUCCUCUGAUUUUGAGAGGUCUCGAAUUCAGUCUGAAGCAUUGAAAACAUUAGAUGGAGCAAUUGCUUUGGAGCACAAGAGUUCGGAAUUGAUUUUUGAUUUGGCUGUUCAGUAUGCUGAACAUCGAAAUCUGACUGCUGCUUUGCGCUAUGCAAAACAAUUUAUUGAUGAAACAGGGGGCUCUAUGAUAAAAGGUUGGAGAUUGCUUGCUCUCAUUUUAUCUGCUCAACAAAGAUUUUCUGAGGCUGAAGUGGUUACGGAUGCUGCUUUAGAUGAGACUGCAAAGUGGGAUCAAGGACCCCUGCUCAGGCUUAAAGCAAAGCUAAAGAUCUCACAAUCACUUCCUAUGGAUGCUAUUGAAACUUAUCGCUAUCUACUUGCUUUGGUUCAAGCCCAAAGGAAAUCUUUUGGGCCUUUUAGAAUUGAUCCUCAGAUCGAUGAUGAUACAGUCAACGAAAUUGAAGUAUGGCAUGGUUUAGCAAAUUUAUACUCUAGCCUUUCACACUGGAAGGAUGCGGAGAUAUGUUUGGGGAAAGCCAGACAACUUAAAGAGUACACUGCAGAAACAUUGCACACAGAAGGUCUCAUGUAUGAAAGACGGGGGCAAAUUCAGGAAGCUCUUGGCACUUAUUGUGGUGCUCUUCUUGUUGACCCCAAUUAUGUUCCUUGCCAGAUCUUGAUUGGUUCUCUAAUGUCAAAGAUGGGCUCAGAGGCAUUGCCUGUUGCAAGAAGCAUACUUUCAGAUGCAUUAAGGAUAGACCCUACCAAUCGAAAUGCUUGGUAUAACUUGGGAAUGGUUCACAAAGACGAUGGAAGAAUUGCUGAUGCUACAGACUGCUUCCAGGCAGCUUCCAUGCUUGAAGAAUCUGACCCGAUAGAAAGGUUCAGCUCAACUUUUUGACUGGCUUCCUCUGCAUAUUCAUGGCUUAAAUUUUUUACGGUGUCCUAGUACUUCUCUGGCCAUCAUAUCUUUUAACCUUUACAAAGUGAGGCCUAAUACUCAAUAUUCAACAUUCAAAUUGACUACAUUUGCCCAAAUAAAUCAUCAAAAGGCACAGGGAAUCAGUUGAAGGGACAAAACUGUUCACCAUAUUUUGGAAAAUACAUAUUAGAAGACACUGGCAAAACCAAGCAAACUUCGAGUUUAUAUGUUGUUAAAUUGAAAUUUAGAUUAUAGAUUAUUUUAUUUUUUGAGGGGGUGUUGAGAAAAAGUCUUGUGGAGGCAUAUAGCAAUGUACUAGUCAAUUUUGCUCAGCUGUGUAAAGUUUACGUGUUUUUUUUUCUUAACUGAGCCAGUAAUUUUUAUGAUGUCGACUAUGUUUUUAUUACAGAUGAGUUCUGAAGUUGUAUUUCAAUUUAUUCAUUUUAUGCUGAA